CCAGGAUAUUAUGGGCCUAAAGGAUUAUUUUAUAUUAUUAAUACUUUAAUUGAGACAUUAUUUCAUCACAAUUCUUUUGUAUCAAAUAAAUCAUCUCCACUAAAACCAAUGGAUUAUAUCUACGAAAUUUUAGUUCCAGAAGCAACAAUUAGACUAAUUCGAGAAGAUUAUGAUGAUAAUAUAACUUUGGAAUAUGCAAGAGAGAUUAUGACUAAUAGUAUAGAUUUUGGAAUAUGCAUGCAUGAUAAAAAAUAG